AUGGCAGAUCACGUAACCUCGAAACUCAAUCCAGACACCCAUCUACUCCUUGACCAACCCCUCCUCCGCCUCCCCUUCGAGCUCUUACGGAAGAACUUCAAAGUUGCACACUUCAAUGUCGAGAAAGAGAGCACGGCGGUGAAAAGCGCGCUCCGCGACACUGCCAACGCCUCCCUCACCGCUCACUCUUCGCCCGAGGAAGUCCUCAAGAAUGUCGACUCGAUGUUAGCACGCAUGCGGGGCUUGAAACGGAAGCUUAACGCUUGUUCGGAGGAGGAAGCCCGUUUACAGAAACAGUCGCAGAGUCGAGUACGACACCUGGGAGAGCUAUACGGAAUGCAAAGUCUAGACGAUGUGAAGUAUGAGGAGUGGAGUCGGACACGGCUGGGUCGAUUACUGAUUGAUUAUUUGUUGAGGAAUGGGUAUAAGGAGAGUGCGCACGCCCUUGCGAAGGAGAAAGGGAUUGAGGAUUUGGUGGAUGUGGAGACCUUUGUGCAGAUGAGCAGGAUCCGAGACAGUUUGCAGAAGGGGAGAGUAACGGAAGCGCUUGCUUGGUGCAGUGAGAAUAAGAAAGAGUUGAGGCGGAUGGAGGCAAGUCCCCUAGAUCUCUAUUCGAUCUUUGACCAAAGAUCACGGAGUAAUUUCGAAUUCAUGCUCCGCUUUCAGCAAUACAUCGAGCUCGUCCGAACCCAAGAUCAAACCAAACUCCUCGAAUCGAUCAAUCACGCAAAGAAGCAUCUCAUUCCCUUUAAAGAUAGCUACCCAAAAGAAGUUCAGCAAGCCUGUGGACUCCUCGCCUUCCCCCCAAGCACACGAGCAGAAGCCUAUAGCGAACUCUACAACCCCCAACGCUGGACCAUGCUCGCCAACCUCUUCAUGCAGACCCAUAACAGCCUGCUCUCCCUCCCCUCUGUCCCCCUCCUCCACAUCGCCCUAUCUGCCGGUCUUUCAGCCCUCAAGACCCCCUCCUGCCACUCCUCCCACAUAUCCGCUAUCUCCCCCACUUCCUCCUCAUCCAUCACCACAAGCGUAUGCCCCAUCUGUUCGACAGAGCUCAACGAUCUGGCGCGCAACGUUCCAUAUGCGCACCACACUAAAAGUCACGUGGAGAGUGACCUAGUGCUCCUGCCGAAUGGCUGCGUGUAUGGUGCCCGGCGGUUAGAGGAGUAUAGUCGGAAGGCGGGGCUUGGGCCUGGCCUGCUGAAGGAUUUAAGGAAUGGGGAUGUGUUUUCGGUGGAUGAUGUGAAGAAGGUGUACAUAUCAUGA